AUGGCAGCCACCAAGAAGGUGGGGGGCCCUGAUCCAUCGGGCCCCCAGGGCCACCCCUCACCCAGCAGCCAGCAACAAGGGGGUGGCCUCGAAGGGUUCCAGGAACAAUGUGUAAGUUCAGGACUCCUAUACUCCAAGCAGGGGUUGUCAGCAUCCACCAAACUCACCACUGAUGGGGUCUGUGGCCCAGCCUCCCAGGCCCAUGUCCCUGAGCCCAUUCACCAACAACUCCAGGACUCUACUCAGGUUAGCUCCCAGAGUAGCCACGGGCAGGCCUCCCAGAGUGCCCCGAGACUCUUCUCUACUAACCGGUUUCCAAGCCCCAUCGUGGGAGCCCAGCAACAUCUCAUCAUGGAUGAUGGGACUCUGAACCUACCAGUGUGCAUAUGCAACAACACCACCAGUGACACAGCCCAGUAUGGACCAAGCCUUUCCCGGCUUCAGGUGCAGAUUGGGAGGGAAGGCAAGGCUGCAGCUAAAGUCCUUGUAGGUUGGGGCAAAGGUCCCUGCAACACUGACCAGAGGGCACCCGUGGGCCCCAGGAAGAGUCGGUGGCUACCUUACUUCCUCUCAGGAAAGAAUGUUGCAGCUGAAGGCCAAGAUUCUCUUCUGGCUCCAGCUCAGGCUCCUGCCCAAGAUCAGAGUCAGGGCAAGGGCCCGUGUCCAUCUCAGGAUCCUGCCUUAACUACAACUUCUACACUGUUGCUGGAUCCUCCAACUCCAGCCCAAGCUACUAUUCAAGCUCUCAAUGUGACCUCAAUACCUGCUACAGUUGAACCUUAUACCUGUACCCUUAACCACCUGACUGACGAUACUGCAGUCACCAAAGGCCUGUCUCAAGACCUCCUCAGGAGGUGUGGCGAUCAGUGGUGCCCCCCUGUGGAGCCUUCUAAAAUGAUCAUAUCUCACCAGGACAAAGUGAAUUUCCACCCUAAUGAGGAGCCUCCUACUCCAGCACCUACUCCAGAAAUACUCCCUGAGCAUGCCCAAGAGCACGAGGUUUCCAAAAAGCAGGUGCCAUCCAAGCAACCUGAGGACACAGCGGAGAAGCCCCUGGUAUAUACCUCUAGGCCUGGUACCUCAACACCAGUACCAGAGCCGCCAGGUACCCCCAAGACCCAGAGGAAUAACCAGGAGAUUGGCAGCUCUCAGCCAGAUAAGCAGCCUCCCAAUGUCUGUAACAACUGCUCCAAUGUACCACUCUCUGCUUAUCUCAAAACCUGCCAAAAGCAGUUCCCAGCCCAGUCUCCCAGGGAAGCCAUGCAGAUCCCCCUUUCCAGUGCCCCGACAUGCCAGCUCCAGGAUGCUGUGGAAGACCGUGUCCUGGUAUUUGAUAUGGCUACAGGCAACACCAGGAUAGGACUAAUGUGCCAUGACCCUAUGGGCUCACGGGCAGUGCUGGUGGGCCUCAUGCCCAGCCCCACAUCUGUCUAUGUCCCUGAAAAUAUGUUGUCUACCCUGCCAUUGGCCAGUCCAAUCAUGUCUCCUGACAGCAAUAAUUCCAACUUCUGGUCCACCACAGCCAUGGUGUCCAGCCCUGUGCCCUCCAGUCUCUCAUCUGGCAGCUACCGAGAGGUGGCCUUAGUUCCCAAGGAAGCCAAGCACAACCUGGAAUCACCAAACACUAUGGCUACUGGGACACCUAUCAGGGUUGGGAUGCUCACUAGGCCUGUUUCACUAGGGACACCCUUUCAAUUUGGUGAAAGGAUACUGGCCCAUGUUCCUGAUCCCAGCUGGUCCAAACCUGAUGCUGAAAAUAAUGAACCUAGUCACACCAUCUGGAUGCUGGAAUCCUCCAAGAUGCCGGAUGCCUCCACGGUCCAGACCAAGAAACUUCAGUGGAUGAAAUCAGACCAUGCUUUACCAGCUGAUACCCAGGCAGUGUCCAAAUCUCUGCUCCAGGAAGAUGUAGGCAGCCACAAUCAGAAAGAAGCUAUUAUUGUUCACUCUGAUAACCCUCAGGCUGAGGAUGCUCGACAGGUCCCCCUCACUAGUCAGACCUUCAUCAAUGGACAGAACCUCUUUGCUAGACAGCUACCUGUAGCUGAGCAGGGCUGUUUAACUGGCCAGCGUUCCUCUGCCAAGCAAAACUCCCUUACUUGUCUACCUUCUCUCACUGGGAAAACCCAUCUUGCCAGAAAGCUUUCCCUCAGUGAGCAGGCACCACUCACCGGGAAGCCCGCAAUCAUCAAAGAUCCCACCCUCUCAAGAGGGUUCCUCAUCUCUGAAGAGCCCUGUCAGGCCUCCACACAGGAAGGUGUGCCCGUGACCCUGCCUACCCAUGUAGGGGUACUUCAAGUGCCUCUGGUCCCUGAGGAGGCCUGUAUUUAUGUGAAUAGAGACAAAGUCAACAUUAAUAAUGGUCAAAACUCCAGCAUGCAUCAGCUCUCAUCCUGGCAAUCUGGAAGCUCUCCCAGGGCACAGGAGGAACAGCUUUCUCUGAUCACAUUUUCCACACCUGGCACUGGCUGCAAGGUCUUGCCCAUGGCUACAGUGGGCACUGAGUCCCAGAUUGGGAAUCGGUUCAAGCUGACAGCUGAGGACAUUACACACUCAUCAGUGGUUGCACACCUUGGCCUUCUCCGUGGGGCUUGCUAUGAGCUGGUGUCCACCAUGGAUACUCUACCAGUGCGGUCACCAGUGCUCUGUCGCCACUCAUCAGGCCCCUACAAGGACAUGGCAGCCAUAGUGAUUGAUACAGGCACAGGAUUCACCAAAUGUGGACUGGCUGGAGAGAACCAUGUCCUCAGUGUGGUACCCUCACAAGUCCAGAUGCUGCAGCAUCCAGCUCAGGGCCAGCCCCGGUACGUAGUACCUGAAAACCAAGAGGGCUCCUACCCGGUACUGAACCGAGGUGUGGUCUCUGACUGGGAUGCACUAGAGGUGCUGUGGCAGCACCUGUUCUACUGCAGGCUGGGGGUGCAGCCUGAAGAGCUGGCUGUGCUUGUGGCUGACUCCCCCAUUUCACCACGUACCAACCGAGAAAAGGUGGCUGAAAUACUCUUUGAGCAUUUCCACGUGCCAGCCAUGCAGACAGUCCAUCAGGCUCUGCUGACACUCUAUGCUUAUGGGCGUACCACUGGGCUGGUGCUGGGCAGUGGCCAUGGCACCUCUUAUGUGGCACCUAUCCUCACUGGGGACCUGGCCCCACUUGAUACCUACCGGUUGGAUGUGGCUGGUGCUGACCUCACUGAUUACUUGGCUCAGUUGCUACUGGCAAGUGGCCACUCACCACCCAAGACAGGGCUGGUCAACCAGAUUAAAGAGGCCUGCUGCCACGUGGCCAUGAACAUGGCAACUGAGAUGGCUCGCAGUCAGUCCCAGGCCCGGGUGGACUUUGUGCUCCCAGAUAAACAGGUUAUCACAUUAGGCUCUGAGCGCUUCUGCUGCCCUGAGGCUCUCUUCCAGCCCAGUUUGCUAGGCCUCAACCAGCCAGGCCUCCCACAGCUGGCUCUGCUUAGCAUUAGCCGGCUAGAGGCCAAGCAGCAGGAGCAGCUGCUGGCCAAUGUGGUACUAGAAGGUGGCAGCACCCUGCUGAGUGGCUUCCCUGAGCGCCUGAGACAGGAACUGGGUCCUGGGGCCACUGUCCUGGGCUCUCCCCACCGUGCAGUUGCUGCUUGGCUUGGGGGCUCUAUCAUGGCAUGCCGGAACUCCUUCCAGAGCCUGUGGCUCAGCCGCCGGGAGUAUGAGGAGGAGGGCCCGUGGGCUAUCUACAAGUACCAGCUAUGA